CGCCAAGAUUCCCGUCUCCCCAAUGCCAAAGUAAUUCCGGCGCACAAAAAACCGCUGCCUUUUCUCGCAUUCCACGGCCAAGAGAAACGGAACCCCCGAAACUCUACUCGGCCGCUGCGCUAUCUCGCCCGUCGGAGCGCGACGACAUGGCCUCCGCCUCCUCCCUCUUCCUGGCCUCCCCCAUCUCCACCGCGCCAAGGACCCGCGCACCCGCCUCCCCUUGCCCCGCCCGGCCAUCCCUGCGCCCCCGGCGGCCGUCCCUGGCGGUGGCGGCCGCGCUCCAGGCGGAGCACCAGCCGGCCGUGGCCGUGGCCGCGGCGCCGAAGCCGCCGGCCCUCCCGUUCCGCGUGGGCCACGGCUUCGACCUCCACCGCCUCGAGCCGGGCCUCCCGCUCAUCAUCGGCGGCAUCAGCAUCCCCCACGACCGCGGCUGCGACGCCCACUCCGACGGGGACGUGCUUCUGCACUGCGUGGUGGACGCGAUUCUCGGCGCCCUGGGGCUGCCGGACAUCGGGCAGAUCUUCCCGGACACCGACCCCCGGUGGAAGGGCGCGGAGUCCUGCGUGUUCAUGAGGGAAGCUGUAAAGCUAAUGCAUCAAGCAGGCUAUGAGCUGGGGAACCUUGAUGCUACAUUGAUCUUGCAAAAACCAAAAAUUAGCCCAUUCAAGGAGACUAUCCGAUCUAACUUGUGUGAACUACUCGGGGCAGAUCCAUCUGUUGUCAAUCUCAAGGCCAAGACGCAUGAGAAAGUCGACAGUCUAGGAGAAAACAGGAGUAUAGCUGCUCAUACCGUAGUUCUCCUGAUGCGCAAGUAGAGCAUUAGAAGUAUACUACAUAAUACAGGAAUUGUAUUGUAUUGUAGUGUUACUGUACAAGAAGAAAAAAUGUGUAUCCAGCUUGUGUCUCCUUUUAUUGUUCCAAAAUUGUAUUCUUGUCUUGCAGGGUAUACUAGGUAGCAAUAAUUUUGGAAGUUCUUAUUGUUUUCUUCCGGACCUUAAGGACCAUUCACAAAUUAUACAGCAAUAUACUAGUAUGAGCUUUUUACA